AUGACUCGCUGUAGUGACAGCAAUGAGCAGAACGAGGACAGUGGAGAAAAACCCAACAAAGGCCGGAAGAAGAAAAACAAAGGAGGAAAACAUGUGUCGUUCCCCCCUGAUGAACAGAUAGUGUCCGGCUUUGCAGAGCACAGGGAAACAGAGCGAGCAGCUGAUGGCUCCAUCACCCUGGCGGAUGUGAUGUUGGCCUACCAGCAGAGCUGCAGCAAACACCAGGUCCAGCCCAUAGACAGCAUCCUGCAGCAGCUCCAGCAGGGUGUGUGUGUAGGUGGUGGCGUUGAACGUCUGGAUCUCAAAGGUGAGCGAUUAGACCACCGCUCCUGUGAAGCUCUGGAAGUCGUCCUGAAAUCGCUGCACUUUGAUUUCAUCAAUCUGCAGGCGGCCCAACUGGAGGAAAAUGGAGCCUCGUCCUUGCUGGAUAUGAUUUUGUACUAUGAAUCUACAACAUAUCUUGACAUUUCUGACAACGGCAGUCUGGGAACGUCGGCUUGGAGGGCCCUCGCUCAUUUGAUAAAGCAGAGUGUGUGUCUGUCCAGGCUGGAUGUGUGCAACGUGUCCCUGGUGGACUACCCGGUUCAGUCUCUGUCCAAAGCUCUGCUGACCAGCCGGCUCGCAGUGCUGCACCUUCACAACGCCCAGCUCAGCGGGAGGCCUCUGUACACACUGGUUGGAGCUCUGAGGACAAACAGAACUUUGCAGGAGCUUCAUCUUUCCAACAACCUGUUGAACAGCUACCAGGACGCCUUACACCUGGGAGACCUGCUGCGACACAACAGCACUCUGCACACCCUGCAGCUCAGCAACAACAUUGUCGGAGAUGCUGGGUUGGAGGAGCUGUGUGACGGUCUGUCCAAGCAGACUGAAGGUCUGAAGGUCUUACUGCUCAGGAACAACCAGAUCACUGAGAGAGGCAUGGAGCACCUGGCCAAAGCUCUGCCAGUUCUGAAGGUCCUGCAAGUCCUGGACCUGGGGGAAAACCUCCUGGGGAACGAGGGGAUCCAGGUGAUCCGGGAACCGCUGAUGGUGAACAGCUCGGUGCUUCAGCUCGGCCUGACCCGAAUCAGCAUCACCUGUGAAGGUGCUGUGGCGCUAGCUGAGAUCCUCGCUGAGAGCCGUCACCUACAGAAACUAGACCUCCGUCAGAACCAGGUGAGACUUGGAGGCCUGAUGGCCCUCAGCCUGGCCCUGAGGAUCAACCGCUCUCUGGCCACUCUGGAUGUGGAUGCAGUGCCUCCACAGGAGCAGGACGAGUUUCUGGUGGAGACUCAGACGAGGCUUCAGUCUGAGAUCAGCCAGCGCUGCCUCGCCAACGCCAGACGCCUCGAAGCCUCCGAGACCUGAACGCAUGAGCCGACUCACAAGCACGCGGAUACAUGCAAAUAAUAACGCCACAGCCACCAUAAAACUCCACAUCUGAGUAAUAGAAUGAGGACAUCUCCUAGAUGGAACAUCCGCCUCUAAUAUUCCCACCUUCCACCUUCCACGAAGGAAUUCUGCACGGCCUCUUCGUACAGAAGUUAGCAGGAAAGGAAGGAACCUGAACCACUUCAGGCCUGUUUGUCUGCAGCACUUCCCAAACUUUUUUCCCUGAGG